GAACUCCUGAGACUGUUGAACUCCACAAGAGCGGGCAGCUUCCCCAGGCUGGCUACACAAGCUGUGAGGUGAUCAGUGGACUCUGGUAGGCCAUGGUUCUUCUCAGGAGUUUGCCCCCAAACCCCUCUUGUUUCUGUUUUGCCUCCCAGACCCUGUCCCCAAAGAACAAGGGCCUGUUCAAGAGAGCCAUCAGCCAGAGCGGUGUUGGGAUGUGCAGCUGGGCCAUCCAGAGGGACCCGCUCGUCUGGGCCAAAAAGCUUGGAGAAAAGGUGGGCUGCUCCACAGACAACACCACCGUCUUGGCCAACUGCCUGCGCAACUCUGAUCCCAAAGCCUUGACCCUGGCCUACCACGUGCAGCUCACCAACCUGCCCAUGCCCCUGGUGCACACCCUCGCCCUCGCUCCUGUGGUCGAUGGGGAUUUCCUCCCAGACACGCCAGAGAAUCUCUUUGCCAACGCUGCUGACAUCGACUACCUGGCCGGGGUCAAUGACAUGGACGGGCACAUCUUUGCCGGCGUGGAUGUGCCCGCCAUCAACGGCCCGCUGCGGAAAGUCACUGCGGACCAGGUGUACAAUUUGAUCAAAGGCCUCACCGUGGACAGGGGCGAGGCUGGAGCCAACGCCACCUACAACAUCUACACACAGAGCUGGGGUGACACACCCAAGCAGGAGGUCGUGAAGAAGACAGUGGUGGAGCUGAUCACUGACUACAUCUUCCUGAUUCCCACACAGGUGGCACUGGACCUGCACCUGCAGAAUGCCAAGAGUGGCAAGACCUACAGCUACUUGUUCUCCCAGCCGUCCCGCAUGCCCAUCUACCCCAGCUGGGUCGGGGCAGACCAUGCUGAUGACCUGCAGUACGUGUUUGGGAAGCCCUUUGCCACCCCGCUGGGCUACCUGCCCAAGCACAGGACUGUCUCAAAGGCCAUGAUUGCUUACUGGACCAAUUUUGCCAGGACUGGUGAUCCCAACAAAGGGCAUUCGGAUGUGCCCGUUUCCUGGCCAGCCUACACCAACAAGGCCAAAUACUACCUGGAUAUCAACAACAAGCUGAACAAGAACUCUGUGAAGCAGGACCUGAGAUCUGAUUAUGUGACCUUCUGGAACUCAGUCUAUCUGAAGCUGCCACAGGUUGCCAACAUCUCCCAGUCAGAGUUAAUGUUUUGAACCCUUUAAAGACAGUUCAUUAAAGGCUUGCUUGUAACUGA